AUGUCCGUUGCAGAUAUUCCUGGAAUGGGUUGCUAUUUCUUCAGCUAUGAAUGGAUUCUUAGCAAAAUCACCUCACAUCCCCUGGAAAUUUUACCGUAAACGCCUUUUGAAGCCGGUCGAACCGUUCCCUGGUCUCUAUCUGGCCAGAAAGAACCAAAGCUGCCCUGCAAUGUAGGACUUAAAGAUACUCCCGAUGUAUGGGUCGGGUAAAUCACCCAUAGCCUGAAACCGUGCACGUUGUUAUAGAUGAACAAAACAUCAUCGUUGCCCGCCGUUGUCGUAGUAUUAGGGAGCUUAAGCCCGUGCACGUUGUUAUAGAUGAACAAAACAUCAUCGUUGCCCGCCGUUGUCAUAGUAUUAGCGAGCUUAAGCACAGGCGUUUCUGAGCGGUACAUGUCAAACUGAAGUGAAGCCUUGUCUCUUUUAAUAUACCUUGACUCUGCCAUGUUUGCAAUGCAACGUGUUUUUACUCUAAUAAAGACGCUUUGCCGGAAAAAAAUGGGCGAAACCACUGCCGAAGAAUUCAAAAUGUCCACUCAGUAUGGUUGAUGUGCGUCGCUCAAAAACCUCCCCGCUUAAGCUCCCUGUUCAUAUGAAGUCCCCACUGAGAUUCUCGCGAAAUGAACUCAAAUCAGUUUUUAUGGCGAAACAAUAAGUAAAUCUUGAUUAUUUUUCUUCCCUGACUUGCACCCAUGCCGAAAAACGAUGGAAUGCAUCUUUGCAUAUCAUCGAGAUGUGAAGUUGUUACUUCUGAGCAUGAUUCCUAUUAGUUUGUGUCUCUUUUGUUCCUUCUAGCCGUGAAAAUUUAAACCCGCUUAGGUAUAUCCUUGCCGGAGGUAUGUUGUGUUUGUUCACUUAUGUAAAGAUAAUCCAUGAAAAAGAGAAGGAGAAUCAGUCGCAACCCUAAGAAUGGGAAUGGUCCUAAGUAUCAAAACAGUUUGCAAACGCUUGCUUUGAAGUUGUUAAAGGAUUGUUAAUAAUUGGCAGCGCUUUAUCAAAACAAAAAUACAGAUUUUAUUUUGACACCUAGGAACUGUAUUUGGUAAACACCACCAAUUGCCCAGAGAAAGGGAAUAACUUUUUCCCCCUAACGGUCAGAUAUAAAUGCGAUUUUGAUACUUCUUAUGCUCAUAAUUUAAUUAUAUCUAUACUACUGAUUAACUUUAGCUUUAUAGGAUUUAUUUCCUCUUUUUGGGUAUUGCAGUAUGCUAGAACUGAACUCAAAAACCUUGCUCCUUGGACUCCGAACCCAACAAGUUUGAACACUGCCUGUUAGGUAGACUUGCCUUCAAAUUUAGCUCAAAUUUUUUUCACGAGCGCGAAGGGCGAGUGGUAGAUUUUUUAUCUUUUCUGAAGGAAAAGUGAGCAAGAGAGUAGACUUGCCUACAAGUCAAGCUCAUAUUUUUUCACAGGCGCGAGGCGCGAGCGGUAGAUUUUCUAUCCAACUACCGGAACCGGAAAUGAGAAGCGAAGGAGUUUAAGAAAGUCUAGCGAGAGAGCGGGAGCUCAACUUGUUUCCCCUGAAUAAAAAUCGCAUCAAGUGACGUCAUUUUGGCGCGAACUAUUUACGUCCCUGACGCGUGUGUCAAAGUUUGUCAAAACAAGUCGGUAAUGUUUUUCCUACUCAUGGCUGCCAGGUAAAACUGGCCUUGGUAAAUACUCAAAUGGAGCAAAAAAAAGCCCACUAAAUCUUUUGUGUGCGUUGCAGUUCCCGAUAAUGUUUGCCGACAAAAUGCACAGCUCAAUUGCAUUUAUAAAUAAAUAGUUCAAGUCACGUUUCAUCUGGCGUGAUCUUGUUUGAUUGACGGCCCAAUAGUAAAACCGUUCUUGAUUGGGUAAAACUCACAGGAGGAAAAUUCCUUCUGUAAAUUUGGCGCGCUGCAGUGGAUAAAAGUCCUUGGCGCUGGGGCCAACUUCCGAAACAGGAAAUGAGAAGCGAAGGACCUGUUAGGCUGAUAUUUUAAACAGCGUUGGUUUCUUAUGGCAUAGCGAAAAUAGUUGUGUUGCCUUUUUUCCACCUCGGGUUAAUUUCAUUGAUGUGUUUGUGUGUGUUUUUACCUUAUAAGGUACGACAGGCAUGAUCUGCUGGUUCUCCAUUCUUCCCGCCGAUGUGUUGAAAUCACGUGUACAAAUAGGUAACUCAUUGAAACGCACAUACGUAUUCGCGUGCGUUCACGUGUCGAACGUUUCGCCCGAAGUUUUGUUAGCAUGGCACGUCCGCAAGUGUUUUUGUUUGAGCGUUCUUCCUCCGUUCACCUGCUAGUUCUUGCAUAUGUGCCUACGUUGUUCUGUGCUCAUUUGGAGGACAGGCAGGACUCAGUGAGUCAACCGGGCUCUGUAAUUUUCUAGGGAAGCUUUUUCUUUGCUCUUCCGUUGACGGAAAGAAGUUUCAACAACAUUACGGCAUAUCGUGCGUUUAUCUUCAAAUUGAAUUGUGGAUAUUGAAUAAGUAAUGGAAGACCUUACGACAUAUCGUUAAAAUUUCGUCCUGGUUAUAACGGGGUCGUAAUUACGAACGGACCCUGGCUACAAUUGUAGGUAUGUUCAGUGAAACGUUUUAGAAUUCCUUUUUUGUAACCAGCCUCGUUAUGCUCUUUCCUCAAGACUUAUCUUCUUUCGUUGUUCUUUGCCCUUUGUUAAACUUAACAGUUUUUCUGCCUUUGCAAGUCUAGUCUUUUAUCUUAAAGUGAAACAAUUGUCCCUUGCACAAACUCUUUAGAGACUCCCUGUUUGCAGAGAAUGUUAUAGACUUAUAUUUAUUCUUCCUCCGUAGUUGAUUUUCUUCCUCGACCAUUCUUUUUUAGCUCCCGAAGGAAAGUAUCCUAGAGGCGUAAGAGAUGCAUUUAUAGCACUAGUAAGUUCGCUGUGUACAGGCCGUGGCUGAUUUGUUGAUCACUUGAGAACAUUUAGUACAUUUUGACGUCACUCUUAUAAACUAUGGUAGUGUAGUCAAUAUAGAAAAUUGUGGUCAAUUUGUUGCUUGUUUGUUUGUUUGUCUGAAACCACAACGACGACAACGUGAAAAAAGAAAAAAAUUGGUUUUAAGAGCAAAACAACAGCUCCGCACGUGCAACAUCCUUUGAUUCACACUUCUCAAACUCAUUAAUAAUACAUUAAGAAAAUACAAAGGAAAAAAAAUGUUAAAUGAGUGUUUGGAAAUCAGAUGAAAAACUGCUCAUUUUUGCAUCCUUAAUUUCUCUUUCUAAAAUCAUUUUGUUUGAAAAGUAAUAUCAAGCAUUCGACACUGUUUCACCACCAAGUGUUUCAAAAGAGUAACAAAAUUCUGGACGCGAAGCUACGAAUCAACCGCCGCGCCGGCAAGGAAAACGUUCAACAUAAACCAGUUAUCGUACCUUCAGACCUCGCAAAGAUAAGGGCCAGCCCUUUCCUCAGUGUCACAAAUCCAGCCGGAUUGCUAAGGAGAACUUGGUUUUACGUUUCUCUGUACUGGUGCAGGAGUGGAAGGGAGGGACAGCGAGAUCUUCGCCGCGACAGUUUCAAGUUCACCAAAGAUGGAAACGGCCGCGAGCACGCAGUUAUACCCCGCGAAGAAGCUACAAAAAACCAUCCUGGUGGUGAAACCAGCAAGUCCUCAGCUGAACGAGAAACAAGGCUUUACAGCACUGGAUGAUGCGUUUGCCUGUCUCAAAUUGUACGUGUCCAAGUUGAAUCCCUCCUGCCCAGCGUUCUUUCAAAAACCAAAAGCCAGAUUCACCACAGAAGACAUCGUGAACAAGCUGGGAGAUAUGAUGAAGAUCAUAUCCAAAGGAGCGAAUCUCUCUCAUGUUUACACCAAUCAUUCCGUGCGGGCUUCAGCAAUAACCGUGCUUUCAGAUGCGAAUGUACACGACCGCCAUAUAAUGUUCGUCUCCGGGCAUAGCAGCGAGGAAAGCAUCUCACACUACAGCGCCAGGCCAUCGGCACCUCAGCUGGAAAGUGUAUCCGACACAAUCUCCAAUACUCUUCAGUACAACCAAACUCAAAAGUACACAAAUUUCUACCGUUUCCAGCACUCCAUGAGCUACACCAUUAAUUGAAAACUUGAAUCGCAUUGCUUCCAGUGUGUCAAUGUCGUCCGCAUCAGCAAGCUUCCCGAGCGGUUUUUUCAACAACUGCAAUAUUCAAGGCGGUGUGCAAGUGUUCUUCGGACUUCAGAGCCGCUCUGAUGAGCAAAACUGACUAGAUUUUAGCAGUAUUUUGCAACACAUUUCAAGAUUUCCGAAUCGAAUUUGAGCUUUCGCUGUGAUGUGAAAUCAAUCACUAGAAAAAUCAGAAAAAAUUUCCACCCCUCAGUUGAGAAUAGAAUUCAUGAACCUUCGAGUCCUAGAUCAGAUUCUCUAACCACUGAGCCAAAACCUCUAUAUUAAACAUUAGCAUUUGACUUGUAAGACUGAUCCUAAAUGGGAUUUCUGUGGACCAACGGUGAUUUAAAACUCGCCAGCGAUUCACUAAGACAAGACUAAACAAGGGAUUGUUUAAAAAAUGCAUCUUUCCUCGUGUUUUAAAGUAAAACUAUUCUCUGCUUCUUGGUAAUCCUGGUGAUUUCUAUUUUUAGGGUGUUUUCUUUGGUUAUGAAGUGGCCUUGAAGUUAUUUAACUGGACUGCACCAGAAUAA